AUGAACGCGAAGAAAAUUCAAAGUGAUUAUGAUAUGUCUAUUGUCAUGGCUAUGUUAAAGAAAAAACAAACAAUAUCAUCAUCACCGUUUGAAGAAGCUCAGUCGUCUGAAAUAUACUCAAUGAUUUUAGAAUACCAUAUGCAAGCAUAUGAAACAGAUAUUCAUUGCUUGAGUUUAGAUGGUGGAGGUAUACGUGGUUACAUGCCAAUCCAAGUACUUUGUCAGCUUAUAAUAGAACAACAUCUUGAUGACAUUAAGGAAUUUGAUUCUGAUAAUUCACAACACAGAGAACGAUUUAAACAAGCUCAAUUAGACUUCAUAAAACAAUUUGAUUACAUUGUUGGUACAAGUACAGGUGGGCUCAUUGGUUUUUGUUUGACUAUCAACUAUGACAUAUUCAAUAUUAAGAAAAUAUAUGCGAACUCUUCUCACUAUUUCAAAAAAAAUCGUUUUGGACCUUAUCUAUGGGCAAAAUAUGAUCCUGUUCAUAUACACAAUCAAAUCGACGAAAUUAUUGGUACAAUUACAUUAAAAAAUGGUAAACAAUUAACGGCUAAAGAUGCUACAUUACUUGACAUACAUAAUUUCUUAAAUCCUGAUGAUAUGAUUACUAGUGAUAUGAUGACUGAUGACAAAUUAGCAGAGACUCUUCUAUCUCAUGGUAAUUGGCUAGAAUUUGUUGAUGAAUCUUCUAUGAGAGAUCUCGAUAAGAUUGAUCAAGAUAAAAUACGUCACCGUGUUAAACGUGAAAAAGUAUUACUUAUUACUGCUUAUAAUACAACAACAGACACCAUUACCAUAUUUAAUACAAGUUAUGCUAAACAUUGGCCAUAUCUUAUUGCAGAUGUAUUAAAGGCCACAAUGGCUGCUCCUACUUACUUUCCACCACAUGAAAUGUGUAAAAGAACAAUAAAGAAUGGUCAUUUUAUACAAGAUAAGAAUGAUAAUAAUAUAUUACCUGAAAUAUUCAUUGAUGGUGGUGUGUUUGCCAAUGAUCCAGAAUUAGCUGCAUUAUGGGCGAUACGAAUGCAAUGGAAAAAAUUAGCCAAUUAUUAUUUACUUUCUAUAGGUACAGGAUGUUAUAAUGCAAAACUAUCACCAUCAAGCUGGGGUGGUAUUGUAGGAUGGAUACUAAAUGACGGAUUAUUAGUCAAUACAUUGAUGGACGCUACACGUAGUUUGACUGAAAUUAUUACGAAUAAUUUAGCCAAAUUUAAUAAUAUCAAAAGAAUGAAAUUCAAUUAUAAAAUAGCACAAUCGAUGAGUUUAGAUGAUCCAUCUUUUGUGACAAAAUUUGAUGAUGAUUGGAAAAAUUUACAAAAAGGAGAUGAUUAUCAAGCAUUAGUUUACUUUUACAAAAAAUAUAUGAAUAAGACACAAACAUAA